UAAUAAAACCAGGGGAAAAAAAAACAACAUAUAAGGUCUUAUAGAUUCAUCAGUAGAAUUUCUUGCAUAGGAAAAAUAUAUGAAAACAUAAAUUGGAGAAUUCAUUGGUGGCUAGAAACACAUAGAAAACUAGACGAAGAUCAAACAGGUUUCAGACCAAAUAGAUCAACCACUGGCAAAAUCUAAAUGAUUGAAUUGGUAGUAAAUAAAACAUUAAAUGAAAAUACACUUUGGUUGCCUGUUUAUAUCUAGAAAAGGCUUUUGACUCAGCCAACCACUAUGCAAUUAUAAUAAAGGCAGCCAAACUAGGAAUCAAGGGCUCACCUCUAAGAUACUUUAAGAAUUUCUUGGAAAAUAUAACAUAACAAUAGGAGAACAAGAACCCAAAACAAAAAAAAACAAAAAAAUAUCAAAGGGAGUACCUCAAGGCUCACGUUUAAGUCCAACACAAUUCAACAUACUAAUGUCAGAUCUGAGCCUCCCAAAGGAAACCUGUAAAAUAAUUUAUGCAGAUGACGUCACACCAGUUUCCUGAAACAAAGAUAUUUUAAAGGCUACUAACAUCUUAAAAAGUGCAGUUAAAAACAUAAAAGAAUGGACUGAUAGAUGGGAUCAGAAAAUUAAUAUAACAGAAAGUAAACUCCUGUGUUUCACCAAUGAAUGAAUUCCAACCAUACCAGAAAUUAGUAUAGAUAAUGAAAAACUAACAUUCACAAAUAACCAUGAUAUAUUAGGAUUAGAAUUUGAUGCCCCAAAACUAAAUUGGAAAUCACAUAUAAAUGAAAUUAAAACUUCAACUCAAUAAAGAAUAGAUAUAAUAAAAAAAACUAUCUACAUUAUUGUGGGGAGCAAAAAAGGAAACACUUGAUAAGAUUUUAUAAUAUCUAUAUGAAACCAGAAAUAUAUGGUUCCACAACAUAUGGAACAGUAAAAAAUACAGAUUUAAAAAAGUUAGAAACUAGACAAAAUAAAGCAACAAAAAUAGCCACAGGUUGUUUUAGGUCCACUCCAAUAAUAGCUUUACAAGCCUUAACAAAUACAAUCUUCAGACAAAUAAAACAACAAGAAUGUAUUCAAAUGGUAAAAAAUUUACAAAAGCAAGAAUCUAUGCCAAUUAAAAAAUUGAUAACACAGUCAAUUAGGGAAUAGAAAAAAAAAAGUUAUUUCUACCUCAGCAGCAAUUUACAUCAAAGACAAAAACAUGACAACAAUCAGGAAAUUACAGAAAGAAUCCCAAAUGAUAGUAGCCGACUUGAUUGAAAAACUCAGUGAUAUACACAGAUUCUAAAUCAUCAGUUCAAUGCGUACAAAACACUAAUCCCCAAAACUACAAACACAUUAUAUUUGAGAUACAAUCAAUAAUUUGUAACCUAACACAAAACAAACGACAGACAAUAAUACAGUGGAUAUCAGCACACAAAAACAUGAAAAGUAAUGAAAUGGCAGACCUUGCAGCAAAAAUAACUCAUAAUAUAAGCUUUAAAUAUAACCAAAGACAUUUCAAAUGUAAUAAAAGAAGAUAAAAACCAAAAGAAUUGGGAAGAAUAUUUGAAUAAUGCCCUAGACGCAAAGAAUUACUAUUCAUAAACCACCAGCCCCCAACCAAGGACAAGAUCAAAAAAUAGAAAAUUACAAUAAAAAUUGAAACUGAUCUUUUAUGCAAAUUUUUUUUUAGUAAAAUUCAAGAAGAAGCAGAGGAACACCUUUUCCUCUACUGGACAAUUUUUAGUUCUAGUAGAGUGAUAUUGCCAGAAGCAUUAAAGAAAAUAAAAAUUAAUUAAUCCAAAUGUAAAACUUCUGAUUACAGGAGAAGAUCUGCCAGAUGAUCAGAAGUCCUACAUACUGAGAAAUACCAAAAUAUUCAUACAUAAAACAAAAAUUAUAGAUAUAAGAAGGAGGAAGAUUCAUAAAAAGGUUUCAGGGGAUAUAGAUAAAAAGAGUGAAACCCUAUAAAAGAAGAAAGAAGGAGAGAGUGAAGCUGGUUGGUUGUCGCUGAGAUCUUGCAUAACAGACAACAAGAUGAAGAGAGAGUCAGACAGAGAAGAUUAAAAUAAGAAGAGACGUGUGUAGUGUUAAAAGCUCGAUAGAAAAAAAAGAAAGAGAGAGAAAGAGAAAAAAAGAAGGACCAUAUAAACUGAGAAAAUAAGAGAAAAUUAGCAUUGUGUGUGAAAAUGGCUGGGAUGACAGAGGGGCAAGACCAGUUCGAGGCAGAUUUUAGAGAGGAGUUAUUCCAAAAGUAUCGGCAAUGUCCGAAGUACUUGAUGCCAGAGAAUGUCUAUUAUAACACCAUUGAAGAACUGAAGACUUCAGCGCAGAACCCAUCAUCCAAGUCUCGGCGUAUUUACUACAUUCUCCAGAAGUAUGAAGUUCUUAAGUGUGGAGACAGGGAAAAGCUGAUUAAGAAACGCAAGAGUGUAGAUGAAUCCCCAAUCUACUAUGUGACCAUCGAGGAUACCUAUGACAUCAUCAAGAGGGCACACAUUGCGACAGGGCACGGUGGACGGGACAAAAUGAAGUGCAGUCUUGGGGCAAAGUAUGCUAACAUCACCAAAGAAGCUCUUGAAUUAUUCAAGUCUUAUUGUACCACAUGCCAAGAAAAGAGGAAGCAAAGUAAGACUGCUGGGGUUGUUGUGAAGCCCCUCGUGAGCAAUGAAUUGAACUCGCGUGGCCAAGUUGACCUUGUGGAUAUGCAGUCAUUGCCUCAGGCUCAGUUCAGGUGGGUCAUGGUCUACCAGUGCCACCUCACCAAGUUUGUCAUACUUCGAGCACUUGCAUCGAAGAGAGCUGCUGAAGUUGCCUUUCAACUGCUAGACAUAUUCCUUCUGUUUGGACCUCCUGCCAUACUGCAAAGUGACAGUGGUUCCGAAUUCACAGCUCAAGUCAUCUCAGAGUUGAAAGAACUUUGGCCACAACUCAUCCUGGUCCAUGGGAAUCCAAGGCAUCCACAAAGCCAGGGUUCAGUAGAACAAGCCAAUGGGGACAUCAAGGACAUGUUGCGUGCAUGGAUGGCAAACAACAAGACACACGAUUGGGCUGUCGGCCUUCGUUUUGUUCAGUACCAAAAGAACUCUGCUCAUCAUUCCAGUAUCAAGCGCACUCCUUUCAAAGCAUUGUUUGGCACUGAUCCUAGGGUGGGUCUGGCAUCAUUGAGACUUCCUCCAGAGGCCCUUGAAAGAUUACAGUCAGAAGAUGACCUGCUCAAUGGAGUUCUUGCUCAAGAUCCCCAGCCUCCUCCAGCAUCUGCAGCACCAGCUGCCACCUCUCAGCCAACACCUGCCCAAGACCCCCAACCAUCACCUCUUACAAAAUGCCAAAAGAUCAUUAUGGAUAGAGAGUGGAUGACUUCAACUGCCAUCAUGGAUGAUCAAAAUUUAGAAACAAAACUGCAUGAUGAGAUAGUCGAAUUCAGUGCUGUUAAGGAAGAAUAUACUGAAGACAUCAGUGUGGAAAAUUACCCCAGAACGACAGAAAUAAGUGAUGAUACAGAUGAAGAGAAUGCUGUCUAUAUAAAGGCUGAAGAUGUGCAUACAGAUAUGUGUCCAGUAUCAGUAGAAACAAAUUUUGCAAAUAUGGAAGGAAGUGAAAGUGACUCAGAUGAUGGAGAUCCAUUACAUGUGGGACCAACUGUGAUUAGUGACUCUGGGGACACAGACCCUUCAAAUAGUGAAGAGGCAACCCCAGAGGUGGAUCAUCGCAAGGUAAAAUAUAAAAUGUUAACAAGCAAAGAAGUGAAACCAUAUAUCUGUAAAGUCUGCAGUAAACCAUUCUCUUUGAAAGGCAAUCUAGUUCAGCACAUGAGUGUUCAUACAAAGGAGAAAACUUUUAGUUGUGAUGUCUGUAGCAAAUCAUUUUCUUGGAAAAGUAAUUUAGUGAGUCAUAUGAGAGUGCAUGCAAAAAAGAAACCCUUUGAGUGUGAUGUAUGUGGUCGAGGGUUCUCUGACAAACGCGUUCUGGUCAGGCACAUGAGAGUGCAUACAAAAGAAAAGCCUUAUGUCUGUGAUAUUUGCAAUAGAGCAUUCUCUGUGAAAGGCACUCUAGUUAGGCAUAUUAGAGUACACACAAAAGAAAAACCAUUUGUCUGUGACUUGUGUAAAAAGUCAUUCACUUGCAGACAUCAUCUAGUAAAUCAUAAAGCAUUACAUACUUAGGAGAAGCUUUAUCAUCAUAAGGGAUGUUUUGUAACAGUAUUAUGCAUACAUUUAUAUAAUGUUUUGUAUUAAUUAUUAAUUAUAUCCUUUUAUACCUAAAUUCCAUGUAUUUAAGACAUAUGCAGCUGAAAACCUCUUAGCAAACAUUUGUGAUAAUGCUUGCUGUUGAAACAAAGCAGUGAAGGACUUCAAGUCGUGAGGAAGAAGACUUAGGGAUGCAAGUGCUGAGAGACAAAAUGCAUUUGAGGAAAGUGAAAGAAAGGUGGAAUUGAAAUGAAAGAGAAAUGAGACAAGCUAAGACAGGAACCAGCAAUGAGUAGUGUACGAAUUGCACAAUACUACAUGUAUGUUGGAGGGUGUGAUGAGGCAGCUGGAGGAACAAGCAGCUGCCCCAGGUAGUCUGUGGCACAGAAGGAGCAGUUGGUGGAGGCAGGAAACCAGGUGAGGCACAACCUGGAAAUGCUAGGAAGUCAAGGAAGUAGUAGUAUGAGUGAGGCACCAACUUUGUGGUUCUUGCUGAGGGUAAUUUAACUGGCUUGGCACUUUCCGGCAACAGAAAGGCCCCUCACCAAGGCAGCAGUGUCAUUGGGAGGAGCUGAUAGUUAAGGUGAUUUGCAGCAUCAGCAAGGGAUCCUUCCAUGGGAAUCACCUCCUUAACUCCUUCCCUUUCUAACAACACACAAACACCUUA